CCGCUUUGUGUUUCUUGGAAUCUCACACGCGGGGCGCAGCAGUUCUAACCUUGAACACGGCGCUCAGAUGGAACUGCCUCGGUCAGUUACAAUCACCCUGAAUGUGCCGGCGCGUGGCCCCGCUUACGUCCCAGUGGCCCCGGGAGAGAUUAUCAGCGCCCCACACAUGGCCCUUCUCCAGCGUGCCACUUCAGCCGAAGAAGACUGGGAUGACGUUGUGGUGACCCAGGCGGACGCGCCGGUCACCUUGGCCUGCUCCGAUUGGCCGCUGAAGGGCACGGUGCAGCUGGAGUGGCAGUGGAAGCCUGACGGCCAGGACAGCUGGAGCGUGGUCCUGAAGGCCAGUCACAAGCGGCAGUUCGGGGCCGAGGCCCAGAAGGCGGACGUACGCAUGGCGGACCCGCGCUUCCACGCGUCGGGGAACUUCUCCCUCUUCUUCCGGCCGCGCGCGGGCGACGGCGGCCGCUACUGCUGCCUGACGGGGGGGAAGAGGGAGCGUCAGAGGGUCACGCUGCUGGCCAUCCUCGCAGUGGUGGUCAGCCCCAGCCCUCCCGUCCCGCUGGAGAGCAUCCUGCGGCUGUACACAAACGCUCCUCUCUCUGAGGCGGUCUCCGAGGUGGUCUGGCUCUCCCCCAAGGGCCUGUCCCUGCACUCCGAAACCAAGGGCCUGUCCCUGCACUCCGAAACCCUCCCCUCGGGGUCGUCCAUCUGCAAGCUGCCCAACUUCCGCAAGGCCGACGAGGGUAACUACACCUGCCAGGUCAGGCCCCGGGGCAAGGCCAGCAGGCACCACUUCCACUUCAUCUACAGGAUCACUGUCAACGAUUACAAGAGAGCAAAAUUCACAGACCCCGGGAAUAGACUCCCCACGAACUCCACCGCCUGCGUCCACGGAACCCCGGUCCCCAUUUCCUGCCCGCGUUCCGGGGACUACGUCGUUCUGUACCGGCAGCCUCCCGCCAACGCACAGCAGCAGAUCUUCUCCUACGACCGCUGGAGGCGCAUCAGAGAGGUGCGCACCAAGGCGCGCCUCCGCCUGGACGCCUCGGCGGAUUCGGGGCACUUCCUCUUCCUGCUGGAGGCCGAGCUGCAGGACGGCGGCGUGUACCGCUGUGAGGUGUUCCUCAACGACAACGUCUUCGUCCAGGGCACCGGCCUGAGCGUGCUGAAGGUCUCCUCUAAGUCCAAGGACUCGAAGCUGACCCUGCUGUGCCAGUACUCGUUCCGGCCACAGGUGAGAGAGGUGACCUGGACCCACCAGAACCAGAGCCACAGCCGCAAGCUGCUGUGGACCACCACGGAGCCGGGCCGUCUCCAAACGGUGGUGCCCCUGGGGCCCCAGGCGGCCGGGAACUACACCUGCACCCUGGAGCUGAAGAACGACCUGGUGGUCAGAGCCGUGCACACCGUGCCACCAAAGCGCCCUGCAACACCGCCCCCUACUGUUCCAGUAAACACCAGCUCCUCCUCUCCCUCCCUCCUCACCCCUCUUUCGGGUUUGGGGGUCCUGUUGCCCUUGGCUGUCGUGGCUGUCGUGACUGUCGGUGUGUUGCUAUGGAAACGUGGAUAUCAUAACACUCGCCCUGGUGUGGAGCAGUCUCUGUCCCACCACUCUGGAGAAGUGGAGAAUGUGUAUGAAAACCCAGAAGACCUGCGACAGAGCACUGGGCAGAGUUCAGUGUAUAUGGACCUGAAGCCCACCAGCGACGACGACGUCUAUAAGGAGCUGGAUAGAUAUGAGCAGUGCCCUUGCUGACCGGCUGAGCCGUCACCUACCACUUGAAAGAUAUCAGUCCUCUCCAGCAUGCUACUGUAAAAUUAGUUUCUACUGCUUUUUCCUAUAUUUUUCUUGCUUGUAUAUUUAAUUAUUGCAAGGAUAAAUACUUCUACUGCAUAAAAUACCACACACAUCUGGGAGUAUGCACCUUGGGACUGUGGAACAUUACAGUUAAUUAAAAGUACUAUUUUAAGUCA